AUGAAUAUAUUGCAGUACGAGGGGCACCGUGCGAAGAAGGACCCGGCGAACGCGCAGAGGCACAAGAUCGAGGCCGGCGUGGCGGCGGCGGCGGCGCUGGGCGGCGGCGGCUACGCGUACCACGAGCACCGCGAGCAGAAGGAGGCCCACUACGAGACCAAGCAGCAGGAGCACAGGGUGCCGCACGGCUACUACAGCAACUGA